GUCGUGCGGAGCAUAACCGCGUAAUGAGUGUUGUUUAUUCCCAUGAUUUUCACGAGAAAUAACGUGGUUUGACUGAUAAAAAAAUCCAGAUCAAAGUAAGCACGAUGAAUCGUGCAUACCUGUUGACCGUAUUCUGCAUCGUGAAGACCCUCCCCAUAAAUGGACAAGAUGUCAAUCAACAGCCGAAUUGGGGUAAUCAGCCAUCGGACACCUGGAACAAUCAGCAACCAAACACCUGGAGCAAUUCCCAACAAAAUCCCCAGCCAAAUCAGCCCCCGAACACCUUCAACGAUCAGCCCCAGAAUGCCUGGAGCAAUCCCCAGCCGAAUUGGGGCGGAAACUCCUGGAGUGGAGGACAGACAUACUAUUACGGUGAAGUCGAGCACAAGUGUCCGAAGCACUGGGUAAGAUUCCAAGAGUCCUGUUACCGCUUCAUAAAGAGUCCUCUCCGCAGCCGAGAGGAUGCGAAACGCAAUUGCCAGGCGUAUCAGAGUGACUUGGUCUCCAUAAACUCAGUCGAGGAGCAUGGCUUCCUGCUGCAACAGCUCCAGUGGCAGGACCCCCAACACAGACCCUGGUACACAGGAGCUAGACAAGCGGGAGGUUACUGGUCCAACGAAGGCGAUGGGUCCCAACUCGUUAACAUGGAGAACGCUUUUCUACCUGAACCCAACGAUGGAUAUAAUCUAAACCGUGAUGCAUUGGCCUACAACUUCAGCGACAGCUUGAAACGCUGGGGGCUGGAGAAGAUUUCGUCUUAUGAACCUCUUCAGUACAUCUGCGAGGCGCAGGUAUCAAUGCUGCAGAAUCUAGCUGACGACGAUCGUGAUUACACCUAUGGAAUUGAGAUCGAUAACCCCAGGGAGAUUCCACGAGGGCCUUAUUUCAUCAAACAACCUGUUAGCAAAGUCUUCGAUGUCUCCAAAAGAAGGCUAACCAAUGAAGUUACCUUGAGUUGUCUCGCAGGGGGGUACCCCACCCCGACGUACGAAUGGUUCAAGGAGGAUUAUGAUAACGCUAGACUCUAUGCAGUGCCGAUUGACCCGCUGGAGAACCCCAGGUACACCCUCAGUGGGGGCAAUCUGAUCAUCUACAAUCCUGAUCAGGCGAAGGACAGAGGUGCUUAUCACUGCAAAGCUAGUAAUAAGUUCGGUGUGAUAAUGUCGGAGACCGUUGUGCUGUCGUUCGGGUACAUUCUCGAGUUCAAUCUGAAGAGAUCAGAGGAACGUGGGGACCAGAACUGGGGCAAGGCUGUGUACUGCGAUCCCCCGCAGCAUUACCCAGGGGUCAAGUACUACUGGACGCGCGAUUACUUCCCGAAUUUCGUGGAGGAGGACAAGAGAGUCUUCGUGUCGAACGAUGGGGCUCUCUACUUUUCUGCCUUGGAGCCCAUCGACAGGGGCAAUUAUUCCUGCAAUGUUCAGAGUAUAGCGUCGGAUACUGGGAGAAAUGGACCGUUCUUCCCGCUUCACGUUAAUUCUCAUCCGACUUAUCAACAGCUGAAGUUUCCGAAUAACUUUCCGAAGGUUUUCCCAGAGGCUCCGAUUGCCGGGGAGGAGGUCAGGUUGGAGUGUAUAGCUUUUGGGUAUCCAGUGCCAUCGUACAAUUGGACGAGGAGGGGUGCUCCAUUACCGAGGGGCGUUGUCUAUCAGAGUUAUAAUCGGGUACUUGUGAUACCUCGGGUGCGGGUUGAGGAUCAGGGGGAGUAUGUCUGCAGACCUUUCAACGACAGGGCUUCUAUUGAGAAUUCGGUCUGGUUGACUAUUCAAGCUACACCGAACUUCACGAUUCCUUUGGAGGAUAAGCAUGUGGAUCUCAGGUCUGAUCUCACCUGGACUUGUGAAGCCUUUGGGAAUCCCGAUGUUACUUAUCAUUGGUUUAGGAAUGGGCAGUUGUUGGAUAAUACUACGCUGAGGGGGGAGGAGAGGGAUAGGUAUUUCAUACAGGAUAACGUGUUGAAGAUUCAGAGGGUGGAGGAGGACGAUGCUGGGAUGUAUCAGUGUCGGGCGACGAAUCAACUGAAGACUACAUACUCUUCGGGGCAAUUGAGAGUUCUAUCGAUGAAACCGUCGUUCAAAAAACAUCCGAUGGAAUCUGAGACGUACGCGGCGGACCGAGGGAAUGUCACGAUUGUUUGUAAUCCAGAGGCAGCACCGAGACCCAAGUUUAUUUGGAAAAAAGAUGGGAAUAUCAUAGGUGCUGGAGGACCGAGGAAAAUUCUUGCUAAUGGCAAUUUGAUCAUCAGCCCAGUGUCUGUUGAUGAUGAAGGGACGUAUGUGUGCACUGCUACGAAUCAGUAUGGCAAUGAUGAGACACGUGGACGACUCAUUGUAUUACGUGGUCCGAACUUCGUUAAAACUCUCCCCCCUGGAAUAACAACCGCAGUGAUGUACAAUCAAACCUUUCGCUGUCAAGCGGACGCAGACGAAAUGCUGGAUAUCGCCUACAUCUGGAAGCACAAUGGCAUAGUAAUAAGAGACAAAGACUUGAUGGAUAACCCCCGUCUGCGAAUCGACGGAGGAGUCUUCACCAUAAUCAACGUCACCCUCGCCGACGCUGGUGACUACGAGUGCACGAUAAAGACUGCAGUGGGAGACGUGUCGAGUCGCACAACAUUGACCGUGAAAGGUCCCCCGGGGCCUCCAGGUGGAGUGUCAGUAGUGGACCUUGGAAAAGUCUCAGUAACUCUGGAAUGGACAGACGGUGCGUUCAAUGGAGGUUCAAUUUUCAUGUACACAAUAGCCGCCAGAACAAGAUGGAUAAAUGAGUGGUUCAACAUAUCAGAGAACGUAAAAGCAGAGGAGAUUGAUAGAUACAAAGGUCGCAAAAGUGCUAAACUGGAGGAUGUUCUGAAGCCUUACACAACAUACGAGUUUGCUGUGUCCGCAGCUAAUGAAUAUGGCUACGGUCCGCUCUCCCUACCCUCUCCCCAGUUCAGCACUCCACCAGACAAACCAACGAGAGCACCAGCUAACGUGGGUGGAGGUGGUGGUAAACUCGGCGACUUGACAAUCACUUGGGAGAAGUUACCUCCGGCCGAUCAACAUGGACGUGACAUCUACUACAAGGUAUACUGGCGUCGCAAAGGAGACCUAGAAUUCCAGUCCCUCUCCCUGAAGGACUACGGCGACGUGGGUAUGGCUGUGGUGCAUGUCGACAAGAAGAACUACUACACAGAGUACGAAGUCAAGGUCCAGGCCAUCAACGAAGCAGGGGCCGGUCCAAUUUCUGAGGUAGCUACAAUUUUCAGCGCCGAAGACAUGCCACAAGUGCAACCACAAAGGGUUUCAGCUUUUGGUUACAAUAGCACAAGUUUGAAUGUCUCCUGGGCGCCAGUUGAGGAGACGAGGGAAAUAGUCAGGGGUAAAUUGACAGGCUACAGGCUCAAGUACUGGCCGGUUAAUAGGCAGGAGGAGCAGGGGGUUUACUAUCUUUCUCGAACAACGAGACCCUGGGCUCUCAUCGUCGGUUUACAACCCGACACACUCUACUACGUCAAAGUUAUGGCUUAUAAUUCAGCUGGGGCGGGACCUGAGAGUGAGAGGUUUCGGGAGAGGACAUUCAGAAAACCACCGCAGAAUCCACCGAGCUCGGUGUUUGUUUAUGAUGUUAAUCCAUCAACUGUCAGGGUUGUUUGGAGAUAUGUACAGCCUAGUCUCGAUGAGGAACCGCUUGAUGGGUAUAAGAUACGUAUCUGGGAGAUUGAUCAGGAUAUGAGCACAGCUAAUGAUACUAUCAUUCCUGCUGGGGAAAAACUCGAGGGGUAUAUUUAUAAUUUGAGUCCGGGGAAAACGUACAAUCUUCGGGUUCUUGGGUUCAGCAGAGGUGGCGAUGGCAGAAUGUCGAGUCCACCUAAUACAUUCCAAAUGGGGGAUCCAGCGUUGUUCAGAAACGCCGCGAGCAAUAAGAUUUUGGACUCCGCUUUGGGGAUUUGUGUAAUUAUUCUUCUGUGGAGAUUAGGCUUCGUUUAACUGGGGGCCUAGGAUCUUCAGGGUGGUGAGGCCUGUAAUUAAUUUGAGAAAUUUUGCGGACGUAUUUUUUAUAUUGAUAAUGAAUUCUUAAUAUUUUACACGGAGGAAAUAGCAAUUGAAGUGUUCUUACAGUUUGUAUUUUAGCGAACAGCUGAAGUAGUUUGAUAUUUUUGGAGGUAAUUUAAUCUCAGGGUAGGUGCAUCAUUUUGAUAGACAAUUUGUUCUCGAUUAACGAGAAUUGUUUGGGCCGCUCGAACGAAAGAUCUGAAUUUUUUUGUUUUUAUUUCCAUUCAACUAACUCCUAUUUGUUUUACGUAGAGUUGAUCCGUGUUCAAAACAGUGAUUACUUUUUUAUCGGUUAGGAAUUAUAAUGUAAUUAUAGUGCUCUUUUUUUAUUGUGUUGUCCUCAAGCGCAACUAAUUUUUCCGUCCAUACGUGCCGAGGUGAAUAAUAUAUAUUUGACCACGGGUUUCUUACUUGGUACUGUAAAGAAUAAAUGAACGAUUCCGUCAACAUAUGCAUCACAUGCAGCAAAUAAUAAUGGUGUAUAAAUAUUGAGUAAUCUUUUUUGAAUGAAAACAAUUGCACAGUGUUAUUGAAGUAACUCUAUAACUUCGAGAGUUGAAGCACUUGAUACAGAUGACUAAAGUAAAGAUGGUUUGUGUAAAAUCUGUAAAUUGUGAAUUUUUAUAAAUGUAAAGACGAUAAAUUGUGCAAAUUUAUUACGACGAUAUUAUUCUCUUUGUACUUGCAUUUCUGCAUUUUUGUAAAAGAGAAACCAAAUGAUUGUGGGUUUUUUGUACUAUUGUAACUCGAAAAAAUGAAAAUUAUACGAUGAGAAAAUAAAAAAGAAUUUUUCUACAA